AUGGCCCGGGGAGCCGGGGCCGGGGCGCGGGGGGCCGGGAGGCGGUGGGGGGCCCCGGCCCCGGGGCGGGAUAGGGCUGGGGGCCCGGGGCCGGGCGGGGGCGCGGGCGGGCGGCGCCGGGGACACGGGCCGGGCGCCGCGCUGACGGCUCCUCGCGGGCGCGGGGCGGGCGGCGCGGGCGGCCUCGACUGGGCGGCUGGGCCGGGCCGGGCUGGGCUCGGCGAGGCUGGGCGGCGAGAGCCGCGGCCCGGCCUGGAUCCGGGGCCGCCGCGGAGUCGGCAGCGCAGGGCGGGGCGGCCCGGAUUUAAAGGGGCCGCAUCACCCGCUGCCGCCGCCAGCACCGCGAGGGGGCGGGGUGGGGUAGCGGCUCCCGGGAUCCCGCCCGCGCGGCCCGGGACUGUGGCUCUUUGCGUGGGCUCGCGCGGCCCCGGCGUCGGGCCGCCUCGGAUGCUAAGGGAAUCUCCUGCCCCAUGAGAGUUUGGAAGUCCUGCCCUAAGCCUCACCUCGGCCCUCAGCGGUCCCUUCUUUCCUUGGAUACCACAUUUCUAUUUUCAUUCAUAACCAAUGUUCUGAGUGUUUGCUGUGUGCCAGACAUGCCUGAGUCACCAACGAUACCAGGGACACUAGCAGGGACACUACCCAGCCGGCGUCCUGUCUCUGGCCACUCCACCCAGUCCUGGAAAGGUAAAGUCCAUGGAGCUCAGAAAGCUUACAGUGGGGGAAGUUCCCUUGUCUGAAGAUAGUGGGCCUUCCUGGGGAGAUGAGGUUAGUGAUAUGCCCCAGGGGAGAAGGAGGACUGGCCCCAGCAGAGGGGGUCAGCUGGAUCAGCCGUGGAAGGAGUCCCUACAGCUCAGUGAGAGAAGGGGUGGGUGGGGAGCAAGUCCUUGCACACCUCGUCAGAGGUUGGGGGUUUUACCCUUGGAGCUACGGGGAGCAUCCAAACCAGGGACUGAGAUGGUCAUACUGACAUUUUGAAAAGAUCACUACAGCAAGAGGGGAGAGGUGUGUGGAAGGGGCCGGAGGGAGGAAGAAAGAAAGCAGGGAGAUGAGCAAAGGGCCCUUGUAGGUGAAGGAGUCCAGAAUACAUCACUGGGGCAUGAAAAUUGUAUCGAGCUGAAAGCAUCUGAAAAUAGGCUUUUCCUUGAACUCCCUUAUCUGCCUGAAAGCAAGGCCUCCCAAAAUAACUCAGUUGUUCUAAAUCCCCUUCAGAGUGGCUUUUAUAACCUGAUAAGCCCAUUGUUACAAAACCAUCAAUAAUACCUCUCAUGUUCUCCUGAGCAGCCAUUUAUCUUUCCUAGAAGUUUUUUGUUUCCCUCUUAAGUACCAUCUCCU